CCCGCAUAGGAUUUUGACACCCCCGCGCGACGGUCACACUGUUCGAGUUUGCCUCUUUUGUGUCGCGUUUUAAUGUGAAAAGAAAAACACUUUUGCAACGGUUACGGGCGACAGAAAAGAGUGAAAAACAUUGCGAUUUCGGAGUGGGCGACCAUGCCUUCGGGGCAGCACUAAAACGGAGCCGCAUUUCCCGCGAUUUCCGUCGUAUUUAGGAGUGCAAAUGCGAGGCCAGCCGACGUUGGCAAACCGAAUCUCUAUAGCUCACAUAGUCGUUUAUUAUUAAACAACACAGACAGAAAAGCAGAAGUUGAGGAACCGAGAACCCACAACCCAGAAAACAUGUACAACAACGGGGCCAGGGGCUUCUCCAUUCACGACGCCUUCGAGGAGGAGACGGACGAGGCGAUACGCGUCUAUGGAUCCACAGUGAUAUCCACGCCCAUGCGGGGUGGCAAGCAAGGUCGCUCCACCGAAGACGUUUCCAUAAGGAUUCAGGAUCCCAAGGGCUACAACAAGUAUGCCGAGGACACAACCUCCCGGGACAGCGACUCGCUCAUCCAGGAGUACGGCAACCUGCCCACGGAGGAGACCAACACAUACUGCUGGCGGCACCCGAAAGUGCGCGAAAACUGGCGCACUGUGCUGGCCGCCUUUACGCUUCUGGUCGUGGGCACGGGCCUCUUCGUGAUGGGCACCUUCGCCAUCGCCGAUCCGCAGAACACGUCGCAGGGAGUCGUGUUCUUUGUGGCCGGACUCAUCUGCUUCAUACCCGGGGCCUACCACGUCGUGUACAUCUGGCUGGCAGCCAAGGGAUAUCGAGGGUUCGACUUCUAUCACCUGCCGCUGUUCACAUAAACGGACAUCUGGAUGGGUUGAUCCAAGGAUCCAGAUAAAGCAAGAUAGCAGGAUAGCAAGGGUGGUGGGGAGUGGUGGGAGAUACCAGUUCCCCAUCUAUAAAUAUAAAUCUAUGUGUUUGUUUAUAUAUGUAUAAACAAUUUAUUUUCUAUAUCGUAAUUGUAUUUAACCCGAAACUCGGUUUGUGUAACGUACUUUUUGUGUUUAAUGGCAAAAAUUUUCGAUUAGACAAAAGCCCCCAGCCCCCCCCCUUCCUUAAAAAAAAAAAAACAACCCGAAUAGAAUUCUAGCAAUAUAUAUAGAUUAUAUAUUUUACAAUAUUUUCUAUUAUGUACUCGGUAAAGUGUUUUGUACCCAAAUCCAACCAAAAAACUUAAUGCAAAACAUUCAUACGUACACUCGAAAUUUAUUUAAACAAAAAAGAGAAAAAACAAACGAAAGACUUUGUAUAUGAUGCUAACAUGUUGAGGAAGCGCUAGAGUAAUAACGUAUACUAUAUAUAAAUUGUAAUUGUAAUUUAUUGAAAUUUAAUUGCACCAAAAACGCUGGCAAGCGUACGAAAAUGUUUUACGAUUUUCAAAACCAACACUCAAAAACAAAACAAAAUAAGAAAUGAUUAACAACCGUACACCCACGAAUCUAUGUAUAUGAUUAGUGAGCGUCUGUCCAGGGAUGCGCCUUAAAGAACUAGAUCUAGACUUUAGUCAACGUCGAAUUAUGAUUAUGAUUAUGAUUUAACCUAAUCGAUUGCAACGAGGGAUCUUUUCUCGAGCAAACAAUGAUAAUACCAAGCUACUAGUGAUGUAAGACGAUGCGCCGAUAUUGCAAUACGUUCUUUUAUAGCAAUUAAAGUGACGACGCAUCUCUUUUCCGCUGACCUUUAACCCCGUCCUCUACUGAAAUUACAUCUCACAGUCAUUCACAUUUCCAAAAAAAAGUAAACUAAUCACACACCUCAUCAUCUGCCGUUUAGUUUUUUAAGUCGUAUAAUUUCUUUUUUAAGAAAUGCUGAAUAUGGUUGUAUUAAAAGAGAAUAAUUAUUACAAGCAGAGAACCCAAAAAAAAAAAAACAAAAAAAAACAAUAAA